CCUGGGCUACCCCCACCGCCACCGGGUCCUUCUACCACUGACGGUCCCAUCCUCCCUCCUAAGAGGAAGACCGUGAAGCUGUUUUGGCGGGAGCUGAAACUUGGACAGGGCCUCAAAGGCAGGGGUCGGUUUGGCCCAAACGCUACCCUGUGGGCCUCCUUGGAGCCUGUGACUCUGGACACUGCCAAGCUGGAACACCUGUUUGAGACAAGAGCCAAGGAAGUGAUGUCCAACAAGAAAGCUGCCGAGGGCCGAAGGACGAUGACGACGGUGCUGGACCCCAAACGAAGCAAUGCCAUCAACAUUGGCCUCACGGCACUGCCCCCCGUCCACGUCAUCAAGGCGGCCCUGCUUGGUUUUGACGAGUUUGCUGUCAGCAAAGACGGCAUUGAGAAAUUGCUGAUGAUGAUGCCUACGGAAGAGGAAAAGCAGAAGAUCCAAGAGGCCCAGCUGGCCAACCCAGGCAUCCCACUAGGCCCAGCUGAGAACUUCCUGUUGACCCUCGCCUCCAUCGGCGGGUUGGCAGCCCGCCUACAGCUGUGGGCCUUUAAGCUAGAUUAUGACACCAUGGAACGGGAGAUCGCAGAGCCGCUGUUCGACCUUAAGCAGGGGAUGGAGCAGCUGGCCCAGAACGCCACCUUCCGCUGCAUCCUGGCCACUCUGCUGGCCGUUGGCAAUUUCCUCAACAACUCCAAGAGCGGCGGAUUCGAGCUGAGCUACCUGGAGAAGGUGUCCGAGGUGAAAGACACCGUCCGGAGGCAGUCCCUGCUCUAUCAUCUCUGCACGCUGGUGCUGCAGAGCCAGCCAGACUCCUCCGACCUCUACUCCGAGAUCCCGGCCCUCACUCGCUGCGCCAAG